AUGUCUCCGUCUGCCUUCGACGACACUGACCACGCACAGCGCGAGAGGUCUCGUUCUCCCCGUCGUCGUUCUCGUAGCCCUCGACGCAGCCGUCGCUCGUACUCUCCCCGCAGUCGCUCUCGCAGCCGUGACGACUAUCGCCGCUCCGACCGUCGUUCUCGUUCGCCUAUGAGUACGACCCAAGGCGCUCCCGGUGGUCAUUCUGCUUCUGGUUACGGUGGGCGCGGCAGCUACCCACCUCCCCCCCGUUCGUUCGAAGAUCGCGCAGUCGCCAAAGAACAAAUGAUGCAAGCCGUGCGCGAGUCGUCCCAGCAAGACCGUCGCGUCUAUGUGGGCAACCUCUCCUACGAUGUCAAGUGGCAUCAUCUGAAAGACUUUAUGAGACAGGCUGGAGAAGUCAUCUUUGCCGAUGUCUUACUGCUUCCCAAUGGAAUGUCGAAGGUGGGCGCCAAUGCGAUUGUGGAAUACGCGACCAGGGAACAAGCGCAAAAUGCGGUAAACACCCUCAGCAACCAGAACUUGAUGGGAAGACUCGUCUACGUCCGUGAGGAUCGUGAGCCCGAGCCUCGUUUCACGGGAGGUCCCUCUCGUGGUGACUUCGGAGGUGGUGGUCGCGGCGGCUUCGGCGGCGGCUUCGGCGGGCCUGCCGGCGGCGGCGCUGGUGGCCGUCAGCUUUAUGUCUCGAAUCUUCCAUUCAACGUUGGCUGGCAAGACUUGAAGGAUCUUUUCCGCCAAGCUGCUCAGCAGGGUGCUGUGAUCCGUGCCGAUGUCCACACCGAUGCCACUGGCCGUCCCAAGGGCUCUGGUAUUGUCGCCUUCGAGUCCCCUGAGGAUGCCCGGAAUGCCAUUCAGCAGUUCAACGGAUACGACUGGCAAGGACGCCAGCUGGAGGUUCGUGAGGAUCGCUUCGCUGGUGCCGGACCUGGGCUUCCGUGGUGGUUAUGGCGGUGCUCCUGGCGGUUUCGGCGGUGCUCCUGGUGGUUUCGAGGGCGUGCCCUCUGGACCUCCUAA